UGCAGUUCAUUUUUAAUAUUCACAAAAGCUUCUUGACAUCAGAUCCAAAGCUCGUGCUGUGGAGAUAUGGUUAAACAUUCUCACGCAGCAUCACUGAGCCAGAGAGCGAACUGAGAAACCUCAGAAUUCCAUGUGUGGGAAGAUUCCGCCCAACUUCAUAAAAUAAUACCUGGACCUGAGAACUCUAUAUGUGGAAAGAUUCCAUCUGGCUUCAUAAAAUAACACCUGGACCUUCAAGGUUGGCAAAGAAGAGAAAAGCUCCUUGGGAACUUAGUUACCAGGUCCCAUAGCACGACUUCUGUGUCCUCAGAGUUGCUGUCAUCAAGGAGACCUCUCACUGGUCACCCCGCUGCAGCCCCCACAUGGACCAGUAUGUGUCCACAGCUCCUCCCUGAUUCCCCAUAGCACAGCUGGGAACAUUUAAACAAGACUCUGCAGGAAAGGGACGGAUACUCAAGGGGAAUUUGCUGCAGAAGAAAGCACCUACCACAUUUGAAAAUGAACACCAUAUUCGUUUCUUCACAUUGUUGGUUCUUUUCCAUGUGACGGUGUUGCUGAGGAAUCAUAGCAGGAUACAAGGGGUUUCUGAAGACUGGAAAAGGGCAAACAGCAUAUUUCGAAAUUUUCUACGUUUGAAGUAAUCCAGGAACACAGCAGAAGCACAAUAA